AAUACACUGAAGGCAAAAUGGUUCCUUGCAUCUAGAAAGGAUGAUGUAGAUGAAAUAUCCAGGUUACUGAGGUCAGGGUUCAAUGUGAAUGCCAGACAUCAGCUGGGAUGGACAGCCUUGCAUGUAGCAACUAUCAACAGACAUGAAAAGGCUCUGAGAGCAUUACUCAAGGCAGGAGCAGACCCAAACAUUGGAGAUGAGUUUAGCAGUGUGUGGCAGACAGCGCAGGAGAAAAGCCUCAACUCAUUACAAGUUUUAUAUGAUAGGGAGGAUGACUUCAGUGACAGACUGAACAACAGAGCCUCAUUCCGUGGCUGUACAGCUCUCCAUUAUGCCGUCCUCUCGAAUGACGUCAAUAUUGUCAGGAUUCUACUUGAAGCAGGUGCUGAUCCAACGAUAGCCAAUGAGAAUGGUCAUACUCCUAUGCAGUAUGCCAAAGGUCAAGCCGUAAAGCAGCUACUUGAAGAAAACAGCAUAAAGUUUUCAGCAAUGCAAGCAGAGAGAGCAGCAGAGGAGAGACGUCGCUUUCCAUUAGAGCAGAGACUUACAGAGUUUAUCAUUGGACAGGAUGGUGCCAUAGCAACCGUUGCUGCAGCUGUUAGGAGGAAAGAAAAUGGUUGGAUGGAUGAAGAUCACCCUCUAGUCUUUCUCUUCUUAGGCUCAUCAGGAAUAGGCAAGACAGAACUUGCCAAGCAGAUAGCACGGUACAUGCACAAGGAUGUGAAGAAUGGCUUCAUCAGGAUGGACAUGUCCGAGUACCAGGAGAAACACGAAGUGGCCAAGUUUAUUGGGGCACCACCGGGGUACAUGGGUCAUGACCAGGGGGGUCAGCUCACUAAGAAGCUCAAGCAGAAUCCCAAUGCUGUGGUGCUGUUUGAUGAAGUGGACAAAGCACACCCUGAUGUACUCACCAUCAUGCUUCAGCUCUUUGAUGAGGGGAGAUUGACAGACGGGAAAGGCAAGACAAUAGAAUGCAAAGAUGCCAUCUUUGUGAUGACAUCCAACAUUGCUAGUGAUGAGAUUGCCAGUCAUGCAUUGCAGCUAAGAAGGGAAGCCAAGGCUAUGAUGAAACAGAGACAGACUGCACAAGUAGAGAGUGAAGCAGCUGAAAUGACAGAGCAGGUGACGAUCUCCAAGAGGUUCAAGGAGGAUGUCGUCCAGCCAAUCCUCAAGAGGCACUUCAGAAGAGACGAGUUCCUAGGCAGGAUCAACGAGAUGGUCUAUUUCCUACCAUUCUCCCGAGCCGAGCUUAUCAGACUGGUUUCCAAAGAGCUCAACUUCUGGGCAACGAGGGCCAAAGACAGACAUGAGAUGGAGUUGACAUGGGAUGUUGAGGUUCUUGAAGUUCUUGCUGAUGGAUAUGAUGUCCACUAUGGAGCAAGGUCUAUCAAACAUGAGGUUGAGAGAAGGAUCGUCAACCAGCUUGCUGCUGCCCAAGAGAAACUACUCAUCUCUCAAGGAUGCAAGCUCCACAUCGCUGUGGAUGCAGGUUCCCAUGAUAACAAGAUGAGUGGAAGUCAAGAUCUGCAGCAGACUAAACUCAAGCUCCAAGUCAUCAAGAAAGGAAAGAAAGAAACAGUGAAUAUACUGGCAUCGGUACCAGGUCCCGCUGACAUCAAUCAUCAUUCCAAUUUUUAGGCAAUAUAUUACUCCUGUUGAUGUGGAGCAAAUGAACUUGAAAAGAAAUACUUGAGAUUUUUCUUGACAUUUCAACUUGUGUGGAUAAAGCCAGGACAAAUCGUACUUUCUUCCAGAAAAAUAUUCAUGUGCAAUUU